AUGACAGGCAUGAAGAAGAUCUAUAUCGCCGGUCCGGCAGUGUUCAACCCAGACAUGGGUGAGGCCUACUUUAACCAUGUCCGCAAGCUUCUCGAGGUCCACAACGUGAAGCCCCUUAUCCCUGUUGACAACGUGGCUAAUGGGGCUAUUGAGAUUCGAGAGAAGAACAUUCUUAUGAUUAAGGACUGCGACGCCGUAAUUGCGGAUCUAUCACCAUUUCGCUCAAAGGAGCCUGACUGUGGCACGGCGUUCGAGGUUGGUUACGCCUCCGCUUUGGGAAAGACAGUCCUCACAUUUGCUUCUGACCGCCGACCGAUGACCGAGAAAUACGGUGGCCGCACUGAUGCCACCGGGUUGAAGGUGGAGGACUUUGACCUCCCCUUCAACCUCAUGCUCUUCGAUGGAACGAAGGUGUUCGACUCCUUUGACACCGCCUUUAAGUACUUUAUGGAGCAUUGCAUGAAGAAGUGA